UAUUAAGUGUCAUUUAGCCGCUGUCUCUACGCUCUCUGUUACUGUAAUCUGUUCUUACUCUCAAAACUUUUCUCAUUGUCCGCUACGUUUCUUCGCUCUCAAUCCGCCCCCACUUUCCUCUAAUCAAUCGCACUCGCUUUUGAGCUUUCCGUCUUCGGGUUGAAUUUCAGAUCUCUCUGCGCUCUUCAUCAACUUGGAACUUGGAAGUUCAUCAGAUUUUUUUAUCGGUGCUUUUGUUCGUAUGGAGAAUCCAGAACUGAACAAGCUGAGCCCAUUUUCGGCCGAGGCUGACUUUCAAAACAGAUCUAAAUGGCUAUCAAAUAAUCUAGACGGAAUGAAUCGGAGUGUUGAGCAGAUGCUGAAGGCGAUCAAAGAAAAUAGCCAUAAUUUCCCGAAAACUGCUGAUAUGGAUUCUCAAGUUGAGGAAUUCUCCCGCUUGUAUCAAUUGUUGGUUGAAAAAGUAUUGUCACCGGAGCUACAAUUGCAGGUGCCUGUUUAUUCUGAUUGUGGAUCUCCUCAAGGCACUCCGGAUUUAAGUUCGGAUCAAAAACAGGGUUUCAAUAUGUCCAGCAAUAGAGGCUUGGAUAUCUCUUUUGAUUCUGGUGGUGGUAGCUCCAGUCUUUCUCUGAAGGACGGAACUGAAUUUUCUUCUUCUUCUUCAUCCGACUCUGAGUCAGAAUCUUUUAACUCAUCCGUCGACAAUAACUAUGCGGUUUCACGUGCUGAAAAAGAUGGCCAAGGUCUGAAGAAAAAACUUCUUGAGUUAGAAACUGAGCGUCCUAACAUGAAAGGGGCAUUUUGGGUUGGCGAGGAAGACAAGGUAAAUUACGAUGAGUUGCAAGACAAAUUCGCUAGAAUUGAGGAAGAACUAAAUGUUUCAAAUAUAAAGCUUCAGUUAUCUGAGAAAGAGGUAGCUAGAUUAAAGAGUAAGCUUGAGAAGAACGAAACAAUCUUUUUGUUAUCGGAAGGAUUGCAGGCUCAGCUUGCGUCAGCUGAAAAAGAUAAGGAAGAAAGGGAGGCGGACCUUCAAGUGGAAAAAAUGCGAGUUCUGGAACUGCAACAACAAACAGAACAGUUGAAAACUCGGGCUUCUGAAUCCGAUUCCAGAAUUGAAAGAUUGAUUGAAGAGUUAGAAAUGAGCAGAGAAAUGCUCAGGAAUUCAGAUGACAGGAUCGCAAAGCUGACGCAUGAACUAGAUAUUGUGCAAUCUGACCACCAUCUUCAGAUCAAGGAAUUAGAAACAGUUUUUCAAGUUUCACAGGAGCGAUUCCAUGCUGAGAAAGAACAGAUGCAGUCUGAUAUUCUCAAACAAGUUGAAGCUGAGAAAACAGGAACUAGAGCUCUCCACAUUGCUCAUGAGACAGCCUUGCAAGGUGAGAUUAGUCAGUUGAAAGAUGAACUAUCUGCAAGAAGCGAAAGUUUGGCAGCUCUGAAUAGAUACCACGACGAACUAAAAUUGAAACACGAUACGCUCAUGGCCGAGAAAGAUGAAUUGACCGCCACAGUUCACAAACUUUUAGCUGAUGAAGAAUCCAGAGAGUCUCGGGUCCAUGAAUUGGAGGUUCAUCUUCAACAUUUACAAGUAGAGAAGGAGGGCUUGAUUUCUGGAUCUGAAAGCCUGAAAAAACAAAAUGAUGAUUUGAAAUUGGAACUCUCAGAGUUGCAGGAAGAAGUGAACAAGCAAAAAGUUACGAUCGAGGAUGGGGCCGAGGGGAAAAGGGAGGCCAUAAGGCAGCUCUGUUUCUCUCUGGAUCACUACAGGAGUGGGUAUCAAGAGCUUCGUCAAGCAUUCGUUGGCCACAAACAGCGUCCAGUACUCACUGCGUAGAUCUUUUGCCUGUAAGAUCUAUGAACUGCUUAUCAUGUCUGCUUUUAAUUUUUUUCCAUGCAUUUUAUUUGUUUAUGAGCAUAUCAUUAUUUAGUUGAUUUUUAAACGUAGGUUAAGGACAAUUGAAUAUCCUGUUAAAAUAUUUAGCCCAGUUGUAGUUUGAACGGCUUUGGUUAAACAGCGAGCAUGUUAGAAGGAUGUUGGUAGGAGUAAUUUUCUCCCUUUUGGGACCAAAGCUGCAUAUUUUGUUGUAUAAUAUCUAGGUGCUUACUGGUACAUUAUUUAUUUAUUUGUUUGA